UGCAGCCGGGUGAACGUUUCUCCACUUAGGAAAAUGCUGAUGAGCAGCCGGUGGAUUUUCCCAAAAAGUUUUCAUUCACAACACUUGCUUCAUCUUUGAAUAUUCAGAGAGGACGGACGGCAGCGGGAGGGACACGAGCUGUUUUUUUCUGAGAAAUAUUAAGAUGAGCGCAGACGCGGUGGAGCAGUCGGAGGCUCCAGCCGAGCAAACAGAACAAAACGGAAUCGACUUCAAUCGACAGAUAAAAACCGAGGAGAUCGGCGACUCGCCUCAUUCAGCCGCCACACUGAAGAGAUGUCACCUGACACACAGCUCUCCAGGGCCCGGAGGUCCGCUGUCUGGGGAGCUCACCUCUCUGCACACCAUGCAGCAGCUGGUUCUGAUGCCCCCGUCCCACCUGCCCGCCCCCUCCUCCUUCCUGCUGUCCCAGAGCCCCACCAGCCACCAAGCCCUUCUGCAGCAGAACCUGCUCUCCCUCCCCUGCCCGAGUCAGACCGGCCUCCUUCAGCAUCAACCUGGACUGGCUCUGACCCCCCAGCCGAUGAGUCGCUCCGGCCUGGCGGGCCCCUCCAUGGAGAGCCACAUGGACAUGUCCCACCUGCAGAUGAAACACAUGUCGGUGCCCCUGCAGGAGGAGCCCAGCGACCUGGAGGAGCUGGAGCAGUUCGCUAAAGCGUUCAAACAAAGACGCAUCAAACUGGGCUUCACCCAGGGCGACGUGGGCCUCGCCAUGGGAAAACUCUACGGCAACGAUUUCAGCCAGACGACCAUCUCCCGCUUCGAGGCGCUAAACCUCAGCUUCAAAAACAUGUGCAAGCUCAAACCGCUGCUGGAGAAGUGGCUGAGCGACGCAGAGAACUCCCCCCCCGACUCGAUGAGCAACGCCGCUGCUCUGCCGCCGCUGGUCGAGGGUUACGGACGCAAGCGGAAAAAAAGGACGAGCAUCGAGACGAACAUCAAGCUGACGCUGGAGAAGCGUUUCCACGAUAACCCCAAGCCCAACUCCGAGGAGAUAACGCUGAUCUCGGAGCAGCUGUCCAUGGAGAAGGAGGUGGUCCGGGUUUGGUUCUGUAACCGGCGGCAGAAGGAGAAGAGGAUCUACUGCCCGGUGACUAGUUUAUCAGUCAGGUCGCACAGCUACAACUCCAGAAUGUUCCAGCCCACGGCGUCCAGACUCUACAGCCCCCCGGCCCCCGGCGGAGUCUCCUCGAGUUCCUCCCCGAACAGCGCGAGCCGGGAACACUCUCCCAACGGCCUGUCGGCCGCCUCCGUCUCUUUGGCGUCCCAGGUGAACCCCGCCUCCUACGGCGCGCAGGGGUCCUGGUACCGCACGUGGAACCCUGCGUAUCACCACUGAGAAACAACAACUCUGUCACACCAAACCUCUGUUCCUUUGUUUUUGUCGUUUUGUUGUUUUGAGAAGGACGUACAGUGAAGAAAUGAGUGACACUUAGUGACACGGCGCUCAGGUGCCUCGAAGAGGAAGAAUAAAGUGAGCUGCACACACGUGACGUAAACACGGCGGGAUUCUCCUGUUCGACUCCAACGGACGGAAACAACCGGUUUGGAUGAUCGAGCGCUUCCUGUUUCUUUCUAACAUCUUCACGCUCGCAGUGGUUGCAGUUAUUGGAUGUUAUGAUGUUCAUAUUGUAGUUAAUGUUGUGUCUGUGGACUUUAUUUAAUGCUAUGUUACAAACUGCUCAAUAAAUACGCAGUUAGAACGAGUUUUUUGGAGUGCAAAAGGGCCUCGUAUUGAACUUUUUUUAUGGCUGAUCAGAAGGUUUUUUUUUUUUUAUUUGGAUAUUUAUUUCUCUAAAUGAUGCAUCUGUUUUACUCUUGUUUUUUAUUGUUGCAGUUUGGCAUCACGUCUAUCAGUUAUUUUAACAACAGGGAAUCAGAAACAAGUAGGUUUGUAGUAAUUAUUGCACUACAGCGUAGAUGUGGUAGGAAGGUGAAAAUUGACCCGUUGCUAGUUAGCAUUGUUAGCAUCGCGUAGCCAAAUGGAGCCAGCAUUAGCAUAUCCUUUACUAGCGUUAGCCCUUCUAUGCUAUGCUAGCUACGGAAAGUAUACUGAAUGUCUUUUGAUGAUUGCACCUCAUAAUAAAGAACUUGACAGGAACAGUUGGCGGUUCCUUCGCGUCGUAGUCGUCUGAUCUCCAUGGUGAUGUGACGGAUCAUCUGUAGCUUCAGCUUGCAUCUUUUUAGCCUCUGCUGGAAAUGUUUUUUUCGGUCUCCAUGGUAACGGGGCUCUGACAGCUUUGCUGAGUUGGAUUUUAACGUAUUACUGUGCAACCUGGAGGUUUCUUCACGUCACCUGACCCUCCGCUCCGGUUUCCAGAUCUGUCCCACUUACUUUUUAAGUGAUGUUGUUGCAUGUAACCAGAUCUCAGCAAAUAAGUUGAUGAAAACAAUAAAAAAUGCAACACAAUAUGUAAUUAAAAAA